UGGACUCCCAUCAGAUCAAAAGUUUGGUGUGAAACACUUCAGAUCCAUUUUGAUCCAAACCUUGGGAAGUCCUGAACAUUUUAUUCAUUUUCUGUGAUUCUUGUGAAACGAACAGCACAAUGAUCGGAUCAAUUCAGGUGUUCAUCUGGGUGUUGACCGGUCUGAUCGCCGUCCUCACUGGCUUCUUCAACCUGUACAUCAUCACAAUGAGUGUUGGGAGCUACAGGCAGCACAAGCACUGGACCCCCUCUGAGACCAUCAUCACAGCUCUGUCUGUGGCCAACAGCGUCCACCAACUGGUCUGCUACUUCUGGAUGACCAUGGACGGGUUCGACCGCUACUGCUACAUGCCCCAGACGGUUUACUCCCUGAUGCAACUGAGCGUCUUCAGCCUCAAGUUCACCAUCAUGUGGAACAGCGCUUUCCUGACUUUCUACUACAGCACCAAGCUGGUCAUCUCUCCCAUCCACUGCUACACCAAGAUCCAGGAGGCCAUCAUGAAACACGUGACCACGGUGGUCCUCCUCAUCCCCCUGUUCGGCCUUGGCGCCUGCAGUCCCAUGCUGGUGGUCCUCCAUCCGCAUAACAACACGGCGGCCGGCCAUGAUUGUGGGGUCAUCACGCCCACCGACACCUCGGGAGACAUCUACGAGGUGGUGCACCUGAUCUUGGCUGACGUCCUCCCUGGCUUGGUCAUGUUAAAGUGCUGCGUGUCCAUCUCUGUCCACUUGGCCCUCCACCUGCACCACAUGAAGGCCACCACCAAUGGCUCCCACGGCCCCAAGCUGGGCACCCAGCUGCGGGUGAUACGCAUGACUCUUAUGCUGGUGGCUCUGGACCUCUCCUUCCUCGUGGUGGAUCUCUACGUCCACUACCAGAUGUCUGUCGAACACGAGGACAUCAUCGGAGUCUCCUUGCUGUUCACCUCAGUUUAUACAACCUUCAGUGCAGUGGUGCUGAUCUACGGGAAGAAGACCUUCUGGAAGAAUCUUCUCCACUCCUACAACAUCGGUCUGGACGAGUUUCCCUGUUUGGUCUUUCUGAAGGUACCAGAAACCAAGAACAAAAACAACCCUGCCCAUCCAGUCAAACACUGACUUCACAACAGGAACAGUGUUCUGAGGUGUUUCUUUAUGUAUUUUUCAUCCUUCACAAAUCUCUCUCGUCGGCUAUUAAAACAAAAAAAGUGUGUGUAAAAAAAAAUACGUCGGCAUCCCUAUCUUAUGAAUUGCUAUACUAUCGAUGCUUCCUUGUAGCAUACUCUCUGGCACCACCUAGUGGGUCCAGCGUGAAACUGAACAGUUCAGGCUAGGGGCUUGUCUGAUCAGAUCCCUUUAGUUCCUAUGGUUGUGCUCGUACGGCAUCUAGCCCCGGGUGUUAUUGCUCCCUUUCAUGGCUAGACCUUGAAGUCGAGUUUUUAUUAUAUAUUUUUACUGUAAAUAAAUAAACAAAUAAGCAAACAAACUCAGU